UUAGAAAGAUUCACUCUUAUUGCAAAAGAUAUAUAUAUAUAUAUAUAUAUGAUGGAUGACAAGAUGGGGAACAAGGUUGUGAUAAGGGAAUUCAAUGAAGACAAAGAUGUUGAAGUGGUGAUGAAGCUUGAGAAGAACUGUGAUCAAGCCGGCUCUCAGAAUGGGAUCUCCACAAUCACUAACACAAAGGGUGAUCCCUUGAGUAGGGUUAGGUUCUACCAUGUUCAUGUUAUGCUGGUUGCUGAGCUGCACAAAAAUGGAGAGCUUGUUGGAAUGGUUAGAGGAUGCAUCAAGUAUGUGGCGACUAGAUUUUGGGGAGGACAUGUCAAGUUGGGCUGCAUACUGGGCCUUCGGGUCUCUCCUAGACACCGGAGGAUGGGAAUUGGAUUAAAACUUGUCCAAUCAAUUGAAGAAUGGAUGAUGAGAAAUGGUGCAGAAUACACUUUCCUAGCCACUGAGGAGAAAAAUUUAGCCUCAAGAAACCUCUUCGCUCUGAGAUGCAACUACAUAAAAUCUAGCUCACUAGUUAUCUAUCUUCAACCAGCUAGUUUGCUGCCCAAAAACCGACCUCAUGAUCAUCAAGACAUAAAAAUAGAGAAAUUGUCCAUAGACCAAGCCAUUCUCAUCUACAAGAACCAUCUCCCAUCCAAAGAAAUUUAUCCCACCGACAUCGACACAAUCCUCAAGGAAAAACUCAGCCUUGGAACGUGGGUAUCUUACCCACAUUCUGAGGACUGGGAUAUUAGUUUGAAUGGAAAAGAGAUGAAUGAGGACACCAAAAAUACUAAAACUAACCCAAGCUCUUGGGCUAUCUUUAGCAUAUGGAACACAUGUGAGGCUCAUAAGCGUCAAAUGAGAAGGGCAAAUGAGUCUUUUCAUGCAACACUAAGCCAUGCAAGAGACAAAAUGUUCCCUUGCCUUAAGAUGCCAAGGUGUGAGUCAUCACUUGACAAGCCCUUUGGGUUUCUCUUCUUGUAUGGGCUUCACGGAAAGGGAGAGAGGCUUGGGGAGAUUAUGGAGUCUAUAUGGGGUUUUGCUUCAAGACUAGCUGAGAAUGUGAGGGACUGCAGGGAAAUAAUGGUUGAGUUAGGGGUCUCUGAUCCAAUGAGAGAGGUUGUUCCCCAAGGCUCUACGAUGUCAUGCAUCAAUGAUCUUUGGUACUUGAAGAGAGUGAAUGGGCUCACUCAUGAUGAUCAUGAUUUGACCUCUAACGGACCUUUUGGGAAUGUGUUUGUUGAUCCAAGAGAUUUAUAGGGUUUACCACAAAUUUCAGUGUCGAAUGUUGAUGUUACCUCAAAACCCUUAUUGGGCUGGUGCAAUUAAGAACAUUGUCAUUGCAAAUUUCACUCUCUAUGGCACGUAUGGUUCUUGAAUUUUUUUAGAACAUAAUGCAAUGUGUCUGAUGAUCAAGUACCCAUGCAUGCUUUCUAAUCUCAUACCAUGUUGAGGUAAUAAUAAACUAUAAAUUAAAUUAGUUGUAACGAAAUUCAUAUGGAUUUGGGCUCACCUCUCAUUUUUUUUUCU